GCCCGUCCAAGUCGAUGGUCUUCGCAGCUUGGAUGAACGAUUUUCGCCACGAAUCAAAUCCGUAGCUAUGGCUGUUUCCGUCUAGAAGCGUGGCAUUGACCGUCACUCUUUUCUGGUGGCUACUGCUGUAGCCGUCGAGGUAUCCUCCAUUUCCUCGAAUCACGGGUAUCUCACCUGGGGGGUUUAACCCCCUCGCUUCCCCGUAGUCCGGUCCUAUGCCCGGGCCCACUCCGGCUGGUCCAACAGGGUUCGCUCCCGAUCUGCUGGCCCAGCCGCCUUCCAGCAGCGACCGUGGUCCUUGCCCACUAUCUCUCGUUUGCUGCUGGAGAAAUCCCCCGCCACCGCCGAGCGGCAGCGUGGGCUCUUCUCGUUGGCCUCUGGGGGCAGCAACCCAGCCACCCCUACUGGCUGCAUCCGCCACGACGCUGCCAGGCUCCUUCUUCUUCACCGACUCCUCCACCAGGGCCGCCAAUUGCGAAAUCUGCCGUUGCAAACUUGCAAGCUCUGCAUCGCGCCCUCCUCCACCGGCGAGCGGAUCUAUUCUCCGCUCGCAGCAGUGGGCAUCUCAUCUCCGGCAGAGCUCAUCCCGAUGUGGCUUCCCUCGAGGGGCAAACUCUAGCGUGUUUGCGGCCUACGCCACUUAUUUAUCGGACCAAGGAAAAAAGAAACAUCACGUCGUCAUGGUGGAGGAGACGAAGAUAUGCGAGCCGUGGGGGGAGAAGGAGCGACGGGAGGGCUUGGACUGGCCGUCUGCCAUAAGUCCACGGGCAGAGGAAGUUCUAGCAUGCAUGCAAUCCGAGCAGUGGCGAGACCUGAUCGGGGACUAUGAAGAGGCUCACAACCUGCGACUGCCCAAGGCCAUCGGCCGCAGCGAACAGAGCCACGCCGGCAAGGAAGCACGCAAGGUGUCGGCCGUCUCCAAGAAGUCAACGCCGUCGAGGUCUAGAAAGAGCUGGUCACCUCGUUCUCGAGCCAGGCGAUCGACGUCGCCCAGCCAGCGCCGCUCCAUCGGCAGGUCCCUCUCUCCCGAGCCCAAGGGCACGGCAGGAGAGACGGGCCAGCAGGACCGCGAUGAGGACGAAGAGGCCUACGAGGUCAACAAGGGAGGAGGGGAAGUGGGAGUCAGGAACGACUCGCCGUCGUCGUCGUCGUCGUCGUCGUCGUCGUCGUCGUCGUCGUCGGAGGAGGAGGAGGAGGUGAUCGGCGGUGGACACAAGGGCGAGGAGGAAGGGCAACAGGAUGACCACGUGGACAGGGCGACGCUGCAGGAGGGGUUUAUCUUCGCGGAGGCCGGGACACUGGUGGAACCGGCCGAGCUCAUGCCAACGGACCUGGGCCUGGCGACGGAGGGCAACGCGACGGCCGAGAUCGAAGGCGAGCAGGACGCCGCUGCCGGGGCCUCGUCUCCCUUGACGGCGGCGUCGGUGGUGGCUCGCAGUUCCUCUCAGACCCGCCAGCUGCUGCUGCUGCUGCCACCCACACCGCCGAGGGUGCGGGUGCCGGUGCCGACCGCCCGGUGCCUGCGCAUGCUGCUCAGCGUGCUGAAGCACAAGCCUACGGGGGUGGUUCAGGAGGUCGGCGUACUGCUCAUGCUGCAUGCCGCGGCCAUCGAGGUGGCGAAGCCGACCCCUACAUCUGCCGACGGGGCCGCUGGCCACCCCAACGAGACCCCGUCCGCACUGGUCCCUGCCAAGGGUGAUGUCGGUGCCGGGACGGCGAGGGCGAGACACCAGGUCAAGCAGCGCGAAGAGAGCGCGAAGAUGAAGCGGAGGGUCGACGAGGCGGCCGCGGUGCUGGCCACCGCCGUAAAGACGAGCGGCAUGCGGACGCUGCAGGGUGCGGGCGUAGCAGUCAUCGCCAAGAAGGGCAGCCACAAGACGCGCUUCCGGCACCAGCUGCGGCAGCCUCCGAACGUCGAGGAUGGCCUCCAGGCGUGGGCCGCAACGCGAGGCCGGGAGGUGUUCGGGCUGAGGGAACUCCUUGGUCUGUCGGCAGGGGAGCCGCCGAUCGUCCAGCCGGCGCCAGCGCAUGCCCAGCUAGUGCGCGACCGCGUCGCCCGCAUUUCCGCCGGGAAGGUGAAAAAGGCCCUACCGGAAGCUGGCCAUGUUUUGGAGUUCAUCUCCUACGCUGCGGGCGCCGUCGUCGGGGUGAUGACCACCGCUGGCGAUUCGAAUGAAGCGGAUGCACUGGUCGACCUCGACAGGCCCUCCACCGCCGGUGGCGGCAACCUCUUGACCGGUGGUAAGGGCGAGUCCUCGGUGGCAGGCGCAUCUCUCGGCACAUCUUCGAGCGACCCUAAGAUCUGGGCGUCGACGACCUCGGGCUCGGACGCCGUCGUCGCUGCCGGCGACCUCGCGAACGGCGGCGGUAGGGACGGGUCCCCGGCGGCUGGUGCAUCUCUCAGCGCGUCUUCAAGCGACCCUAAGAUCUGGGCGUCGACGACCUCGGACUCCGAGGACUCCGCCGCCGUCAGUGCCGGCAACAUCGAAGGCGAUGGCAAGAACGAAUUCUCGGUGGCACCCGCAUCUCUCAGCGCGUCUUCGAGCGACCCUAAGAUCUGGGAGUCGACGACCUCGGACUCGGAGGACGCCGCCGCCGUCAGUGCCGGCAACAUUGAGGGCGAUGGUAAGGAUGGGUCCCCGGCGGCAGGUGCAUCUCUCAGCGCGUCUUCGAGCGAACCUAAGAUCUGGGCGUCGACGACCUCGGACUCGGAGCAGUGCGCCGACUUCACGCCAGGAUCCCUCUCUGCUGAAGACCCUGUCGCCUGGAAGCCAUCGAUGUCAGGCCCCGCGCAACGCAUUGAGGGUUCACCCCGCAGCCUUGCCAGCCAUGACACCGCGGCUGAAAUCGGCUCGACCCAGGGCUCACGCACCACCUCAGCUACCUGUGGGGGCGGUGACGGCGGUGCUGCGCUUACUGUGCCGGAGGCACCGGCCUUCGACUUGGGGCGGGAUGUCACGGACAGCUGCUUGGGUCUCCGGGGGAAACAGGACGCAGAUGCCUCACCUCUGGUCAGCCCGGCCUCAAGCCGCGACGAUACCGCCGUAGCCGCCGCCGGUGCCUCCGCAGGAGGUGCGCUGGUUGCGGUGCCGGGGGAGACAACUUCCUUCGUUGUUUCUUCCUUCUCCGAUGACGCGGUGACUGCUCCCGCCACGCGGGAGGCGUCAGGUGGUUCGAGGCAGCUCGCAGGCCCGCGGCAGCCGCUUUUUACCCUCGCCGAAAGUGACGACGAGGAUUUCCCUAGCUCUGCAUCUUCAGACAACCUGGUCGUGGUCGUCUGGAAGAGGCCGAAGUCCCUCGACGACUCUUUCGAGCCACAGAAGCCUCGCACCAAUGCCAGCGGAGCUGAUGCUGCUGAUGCUCUUGUUGCAGCGGAGACCGUGAAGGAAGACUCGCAGAACGGGGAGAUGUGGACCGUGGACCCGCUCGGGGACAUAAUGGGUGACAUACCGUUGGUGACGGAGGACGGCGAGCGCAACGCCUGGGACGACAUCCUCGAGGAGCAACUGUCCAAGUGCAGGCCCCUGCAGGACCACACCGACCGUUCCGCAGCCCCGCCGUUGAUCACCCAGAGGUCCUACCCUGACAGAAACAACGGCGGCAGCCCGAUCAUCGCCACCGCGAGAGACGGGUCGACAGGCUACACACACGAUGGUGAGGAGAACGUGGUUUUAGGGAGGAAGAACGAGAUCUCAGGCCGGCCGGCUGGCCUGCGUGCACGUGUUCGAAACGAAGCGGGGGAUGAGGAACAAGAGGGCAUGAUGCCCGGCGGCUAUAUCGGAGACGAUGAUGAUGCGGCCUCUAUCUAUAUAUCUUACUCCUCUUCUUCUUCGCUAGGAUACGGGUUGAGCGACCACAACAGCAUCGACGCCGAUUCUUGCUCUUGGCUGGUGGGUGGUAUACCGACGCCGGAGCAGCAGCAGCAGCAGCGGCAGCAGCAGCAGCAGCGGCAGCAGCAGCCGAGGCAGCCGAGGCAGUCGAGGCCGAUGUCGUGGUCGCUGGCUUCUCACUACGCUAUCUUCCUGGACACGACGUGCCGGUCCAUGCGCAGCAGCCUACAGGACGAAGACCUCGGAGACUCAGAGGCGGCCGUACGCGAAGCGGUGGGUGUCGCGGAACUGGCAGCGUGCGAGGCACGACAGGCGGUGGCGACGGCUGUAGACCUGCUAGACAAGCACCGAGCGCAGCAGGAGUCUCGCAGUUUCACCAGCAGCAGCAACAGCCCGCAACAACCGCCGCAAUUGGCACCAGCAUCCUCCGACAUCGACCCGUCCUCCCAGCUGCACCGGCGAGAGAGCCAGGCUUGGGAGGACAACCACGGCCACCGCAGGUGGGAGGAGCCCGACCCGGCCAACACCAGUUUCGUCGCGGAGGCUCCACAGCAAAGGUCGACGCCGCCCGGCGGCACCUUUCGACCGCUCGAGCUUAGUCCAUCGGGUGCCCCCGUCACCGGUGGCAGGGUUAGGGCGAUGCUCAGGGCCCGCGUCAAGGGUCGUUCGCAAGACGCCGAGUUGUCGGGUGUGCUGGAGCAGCGGGGGUUGGACAACGGGACACAGGGACACGACGCUGUGGGAGAGAACGGAUCCAAGGGUGGCUCGCCGACCGGAGGGUACGACAACCUGGACAUCUACGGGGCCGAAGCAACCGCGGGUGCAACGAGGGAGGUCGACGCGGAGGCUGCCGAGCGAGCCGCCUCCGCGGCAGAAGCGUACGAGCAAAGGAUGAGAACAGGACGCGGCGGCCAUGCUUCCGACGAGUGGCUGGAGGCGAGAUCGUCGGCGAUCGCGGCGCGAUCGAUCGCGAGGGUGGCGGCGGCCACGGCCGCGCGGGCCACCGAGUUGAAAGCAGCAUCGGCGCCAGCAGCAGCGCAGCAGGGUGGUGCCGGUGGUGGUGAUCACCACGACCUUCACUUGCCGCAGCGUGAAGAAGACCAGUGGGAACAAGCAUCGGAUCGACGAUCGUGCCGAGACGAAUCCGACGGCGACGAAUUCAUCGAGCAGGGGAACGACCUGCCGUCGCUAAGCGCCUUCAACAGGGUCGACGUCAACGUCGCCGACUGGGACUGGUCGUCGGUCGGAGGUGGUGAGAAAAUUUCCGACGUCGGACGAAGCGCAGGCUUCUUGGCGGGUGAGCGAGGAGAAACGGGACGCGGUGCCGAGUAUCUGGGAGAGAGCUCGGCAAAGAGAGCGACGGGUUUCGGUACGGCCACAACCCUUCGGUGUGGUAAGGCGUGGGGUUCGAUCGCGUGCGAGUCCAACCUCUCCGUCCAAUGGCACGUGGAGAAAAGAAAGGGCAACAUGGGAGGAUCCCUGGCCCAGCUCUGCGAAAAAAACGAGCGCAAGAAGAGGAGAAGGGCGCAGAGACGCCGCCAGCCGGAGGUGGAGGAGAACAGGAGGCUUAAGUUCGAGGCGCGACAGCGGAGCGGGGGCCUCAGUCCCCGCGCGGGCCUGGUGGGCGACGGCUGGAAGUACCCCAGCACCACGUCGUCCUCCUCGGCAUCAUCAUCAUCAUCGCUGACGCCGCCGUCGCUGUCGGCAUCAUCGCUGGCGGCGUGCCCUUCGUUCUCCUCUUCGUCGUCAACGGUGACGACGUCGAAGUGGUCGUGCCAGCUCGCCAACAAACAGCAUCGGCACCAGCAGGAGGAGCAGGAAGAGGAGAAUGAGGAGAAGAAAGGCGGGGAGACGAACGAGCGCUCGCUGCUGGGAGGGGCGGGAAGCGCCUUGUCGGCCUCCGGUACCGAGUCAGUCCAGACUCCCCCGCUCACGCCUGCCGCCUUGGCGCAGGCGUCGUACCGGCUGAGCGACCAGCACGCCGACAUGACGCAGCGCUGGCCGGCAGCACUCCUCGUCACCUCCAAGUCCCUCAUCGCGGACGUUCCGGGGCUGGAGGAGUACGGACGACGGUCGUUCGAAGAGGCCCUCGAGCAGUCAGUUCGUCGGGGGUUGAUGGGCCGCCCCCGCUGGCCCGAGACACCACGCUAG